GAAGUCGAGCGUCAGAAAGCGGAAGUGCAGAGUUCCGGUGUCCUUGUGCAGCAGAAGAUGUUCAGACACGUUCUUGCUUUGCGGCAGGUGGCCCGGCGGAGCUUCACCAGCUCCACCCGCCGGGAGCUGAAGAACUCCGUCCCCGAGAAGCAGAAGAUGUUUCAGGAGGACAACGGGCUGCCCAUUCAUCUAAAAGGAGGAACCAGUGACGCUCUCCUGUACAGAGCCACCAUGACACUCACUGUGUUGGGAACCGGGCUCGUCCUGUACGAGCUGUAUAAGGCCGCCGUCCCUCAGAAGAAGUAGUGACUCAGCUGUUUGUCUUCAGGUCCAACAACCGGCCUGUCGCUCUAUAUUGUAUUUAAAAAUGUAAAAAACAACAAAAGCAAAAAAAGAUGCUCCUCCUCAUGUGUGGGGCCACAUGUUUCCAGGUGUGGUGGGAUAUUGUUUCAUGUUCAUGGGAUCAAUAUUUAUUUCUUGUACUCUCUCUCUGAUGACUUGGGGAUCAAUAAAAAACUUCUCAUGACCAAAA